ACUCACUGGGAUGUCUGGAGCUGCUGUUCCUGCUCCAGAUUUCCUGUUUGAGAUCGUGUAUUGCGACCAAAUGAAUGCCAAGUUUGCCGAGGCCAGGGGGGAGCGGGACCUCAUCUACGCGUUCCACGGGAGCCGCCUCGAGAACUUCCACUCCAUCCUGCACAACGGCCUGCAGUGCCACUUGAACAAGACAUCCCUGUUUGGUGAAGGUACCUAUCUCACCAGUGAUCUGAGCCUGGCUCUGCUCUACAGCCCUCACGGGCUCGGCUGGCACCAGAGCGUUUUGGGCUCUGUCCUUAGCUGUGUAGCUGUUUGUGAGAUCAUUGACCACCCAGAUGUAAAGUGUCAGGUGAAAAAGAAAGAUGUCUUCUCUUUCCAUGCAGAUUCAGAAGAAAUAGACAGAAAAAGAGCAAGAGUGAAAAACAGCGAAGGGGGCGAUGUACCACAGAAAUACUUUGUUGUCACAAACAACCAGCUUUUACGAGUUAAAUACUUACUAGUAUAUUCACAGAAACAGCAUAGACGGCCCUCUAGUCGAGCCUCCUGGCUUUCCACCCACCGUUUUGCUGUGAUGAUGAUGCUCUACCUGCUGCUGCUAAUGGUGAUAGGGGCCAGCAAUUCCCCAACCUUCCUCUACUACUGGCACAGAAUGUUUGACUCGGAAGGAUGAAUUGCCUGGAAUGAUGAACUGUUAUUUUCACCAUGUGCCUUAAUAAUAGCAAAUCCACUACGUACUGCAUCUGUAAGAGCUCUGAACGUGAAGGUGCCUGGAGCUUUCCAGUUCUGUCUCUGCCAAAUUA